AUGGAAUUAAUCCAACUUGCCAGUGACCACCAUUGUCAACUUUCUCCCUCUUUAAUUUCUCUCCCGCUUCAAUUAGCCUAUUUUGAGCAGAGUUUGACUCAGUAAAGCACAAGAAUUCUGCAGCUACAAAUCUGCAAGGAAUGAAGUUCUUUAUAUCUCUUUCAAAGUUCAAUGCCGCUGCUCUACUAUUCGUGUUCUUGCUGUCAUCUUUUUGCUUUUUCUCCACAGAUGCGUAUGAUGCACUUGAUCCGAAUGGGAACAUCACAAUAAAAUGGGAUGUCAUCAGCUGGACACCAGAUGGAUAUGUUGCUGUGGUGACUAUGUACAACUUCCAGCAAUAUAGGCAUAUUCAACCCCCAGGCUGGACUUUGAGAUGGACAUGGGCUAAGGAUGAGGUAAUAUGGAACAUGAUCGGAAGUCGGACUACAGAGCAAGGUAAUUGCUCAAAAUUCAAAGGAGAUAUUCCUCAUUGCUGCAAGAAAAAUCCAACAGUUGUUGACUUGCUGCCGGAAACUCCUCAUAAACAGCAGAUUGCAAAUUGCUGCAAGGGAGGAAUGCUCAACUCAUGGGGGCAAGAUCCUGCAACUGCUUUUACUUCAUUCCAACUCACUGUUGGUUCUGCCGGAACAAACAACAAAACAGUUAGAGUACCUAAGAACUUCACGUUACAAGCGCCAGGGCCUGGUUAUACUUGUGGACCUGCUAAAAUUGUUAAACCGACUAAAUUUAUCACUCCAGAUGGGAGAAGAGUGACACAGGCUAUGAUGACUUGGAAUGUCACAUGCACAUACUCACAGUUCCUGGCUGAGAAAAAUCCUAAAUGUUGCGUCUCCCUAUCGUCGUUCUACAAUGACACGAUUGUACCUUGCCCUACAUGUGCUUGUGGAUGCCAGAAUAAUAGUACUAAGCCGGGAACUUGUGUGAAUCCAGAAAUGCCGCACCUAUCUUCAAUUGUUUCGGACCAUGGAAAGAAAAACUUUACUCCUUUGGUCCAGUGCACAGAUCAUAUGUGCCCAGUUGGAAUUCAUUGGCAUGUGAAGCUCAACUACAAGGAUUAUUGGAGGGUUAAAAUCACUAUAACAAACUUCAAUUACCAUAUGAAUUAUACACAAUGGAACUUAAUUGCCCAACAUCCGAACCUUGAUAACAUCACUCAGCUUUUCAGCAUCAAUUACAAGUCAUUAACUCCUUAUGGAGUGAUAAAUGAUACUGCUAUGUUAUGGGGUGUUAAAUCCGACAAUGAUCUGCUCAUGCAACCUGGUCCAUUAGGAAAUGUCCAGUUCGAACUUCUACUCCGAAAAGAUACAUCAAAUUUCACUUUUGAUAAGGGGUGGGCUUUUCCUAAUAGAGUUUAUUUCAAUGGUGAUAACUGUGUCAUGCCACCUUCUGAUGCAUAUCCACAUUUGUCGAAUGAUGUUUCUGUCAUGCCACCUCCUGAUGCAGAUCCGCAUUUGCCAAAUGCUGUUUGCCAAUGGAAGAUCUCGUUGCUUAAGUUAUUAGUGACACUUCUGUCCUCUAUGGCAUUCUUCUUUGCAUAUAUAUAGAGAAGUAUAUCACUUUCCAAUUGGUCAAUGCCUAUCAAUAGAUUUCCUCUAGCUGUUGUAUUACAUGUUCUGCUCACCUGCUAAAACCAUUUGUUUUUUGUACA